UAACAGCGGAAACGGCUGGGGGUGCAACGUUUGUAAGCCAAGACACGGGAAUUAAUAUUAUUCAGCAUGAGACCAGGUUUCAGUCCUCGUGGGGACCGUGGUGGAGGUCGAGGAAGAGGAGGCUUUCGUGGUGGGCGAGGUGGAGGAGCUGGGAGAGGCUUUGGGGAUCGUGGAGAGAGGGGGGGUUUUAGAGGUGGAAGAGGUGGCGGUUUCCAAUCACCAGGGAGAGGGGGUGGCAGGGGCACCCCAAGGGGUAGAGGAGGAAGGGGUGGGAGAGGUGGCUUUGGUGGAGGGAGGAAAGUCUUGGUGGAGCCACACAGACAUGAAGGUGUGUUUAUCUGCAGAGGCAAAGAGGAUGCCCUUGUGACCAAGAACAUGGUUAUGGGAGAUUCUGUCUAUGGAGAGAAGAGGAUUAGUGUGGAGGAAGGAGAGACAAAGAUUGAAUACAGGGCAUGGAAUCCAUUCCGUUCCAAGUUGGCAGCAGCCAUAUUAGGAGGUGUGGACCAGAUUCAUAUAAAACCUGGGGCUAAGGUCAUGUACCUAGGAGCUGCUUCUGGGACCACUGUUUCCCAUGUUUCUGACAUUGUUGGACCGGAUGGUCUGGUCUAUGCCGUGGAGUUCUCCCACAGGUCAGGUCGUGACCUUCUCAAUGUGGCAAAGAAACGAACCAACAUCAUUCCCAUCAUAGAAGAUGCCCGUCACCCACACAAAUACCGCAUGCUGGUUGGAAUGGUUGAUGUCAUCUUUGCUGAUGUUGCCCAACCUGACCAGACGAGGAUUGUUGCUUUAAAUGCUCACAAUUUCCUGAAGAAUGGUGGACACUUUGUAAUUUCAAUAAAGGCUAACUGUAUAGACUCCACAGCAGCUCCAGAGGCAGUGUUUGCUUCAGAAGUGAAGAAGAUGAGCUCAGAAAACAUGAAACCACAGGAACAGCUCACACUGGAGCCCUAUGAGAGAGACCAUGCUGUAGUGGUAGGAAUCUACAGACCUCCUCCUAAACAGAAAAAGUGAGGUCAGCCUUGAAGACAUGUUUAUUUUAUUUUAUUUUAUUUCAUGUACCUCACCUGCUUUCAACCUAUCUUCCCCCCAUAUUCCAAAUGAUGUCAGUUGUCUGUUGUUUUUUUGCUCUUUUGUGAUUCUUAACCCACUCUGAAAACUGUAGAGUUGGACGUGUACUCGCCAAUAUCCAAGGUUAGGUUAAACAGGGCUGUGGUUCUCAGCCACUGUGACAGUGCAUGUGCAUUGAGGUUCUGGUCCACCUACUCACUCCUAAUAAGGCCAAGCAGAGUGUCAGUUCUGGAAAUCUUGUAUUUCCCCUGGAUAAACAAGUAUUAGUCUGAGUGCUGUACUAAGUAUUACUGUGGCCAGAGACCUUUGUCUGGUUUAAAACAUAGCUUUUGGAGGUUUAUGUUGUAUAUGUCGAAGAUUAUUUUUGGCAUUAACAACAAUUUACAUGUUUUUUUCUGGACAGUAGAGUACUUGAAAUUGCAAAUUGACCUUUUAUAAGGUGUCCAAAUGCCCCUUGUAAUUAAAGCUUUUACUUUGAUUUGUGCAAACGGAUGACUUUCCUGAAUGGUUCCCAGUUCUUUUGUGCAGUAGUCCACAUCCAUACAUGAUCACUUACUCAAAUGAUUAUGCAUGGAUGUGGACUAUUGAGAUAACAAUUCAUGGCAAGGUGUCUGAUUCUGAAUCAAAAGUUAAGCAUAUUUUAGGAUUUGUGUAUUCAGAUUGUAAAUGGUUAUAUCUUUGAUUAAUGUUAGGUUGUUUUGGGCACCCCAGUGGCUCACCUGGUAGAGUAGUACCACAUCAAGCUGAGUCCUUACCACAGCAGCCUGAGUGUGAAUCCGGCUCAGGCCCUUUGCUGCAUAUCGUCCCCUCUCUCUCCCCUGCCUUUCCCGUGUCUCUCUUCUAUCAUUAUCCAAUAAAGUCAGAAAAUGCCAAAAAAAAAAUCUUUAAAAAAAAAGGAAUUGUGUUUUUUUUUAAUAAAGGGAGUAUUUUGUAAUGUGUGAGGGUGAACUAGUAGAGGAUACCAUGCCUAAUUUUAGGCCCUCUUGAACUAGAGUUUGAACCCCUGAUGCAAAUUGACUUGGCAAGGUGGUAUUGUAGACCCUUUCAGAUUUUUCUUAUUCUAGGAAGUUGAAAGUAAAAUUAUAUAACCUAAAACAAGCUAUGCUUAAUUUUUGUAACCCUUUAAUAAAAAUGUGCAAAA